AUGGCGUCUCUAGGGCAUAGCAAAGAUAUCGAAGUCAACAAGGAUGAUGCCGCCAUGAUUGCGGCUGCUCCGCUGGAGGAAAUCAACAAUGAGGCACGCAAGGCGUUCGAGGCUGAGCAUGCGCUCAAGUUCCUCGACGCCGUCAAGUUGUAUCCGACGGCUGUAGGAUGGGCUUUGUUCUUCUCGCUGGGUGUUAUUAUGGCGGCCUUCGACCCUCAACUGCUGGGCAACUUGUACGCCACGCCGGCGUUCCAGCGCGACUUUGGCUAUCUCUACGAGGGCGAAUGGAUCAUUUCGGCCCCUUGGCAGACCGGCCUGAGCAUGGGCUCGCCCAUCGGACAGGUGGUGGGCGCUUUCUGCGCCUCUUACCCGAUGGAGUGGUUCGGGCGCAAGAAGACGUUCGGCGCCUGUGUUAUCAUCUCCGCUGGCUUCGUCUUCAUCCAGUUCUUUGCCCGUUCGCUACCUGUUUUGUUGGCAGGUGAGCUGCUGGGCGGACUUAUUCUGGGAACGUACGUGGUCAUUGCUCCGGCAUAUGCUUCUGAGGUGUGCCCGACCACCCUGAGAGGUGUACUGACCAGCUGCAUCAAUAUUGCUUUCGUCACCGGACAGCUACUGGCCAACGGUGUCAUUGCGGGAACGUCGAAGCUGGACUCGCAUUGGGCUUACUCGGGACCUUUUGCGGCCCAAUGGAUCUGGCCACUGGUUAUCCUUAUUGGGCUGCCGUUCGCGCCAGAGAGUCCGUGGUGGCUCCAGCGUAAGGGACGCUUCCAAGAAGCCGAGAAAUCCCUCAAACGCCUGGCAUCGUCGAAAGUCGACAUCAAGCCGGCACUGGCUAUGAUUAUCGAAACCGACAAGCUCGAGCGGGACAUGGAAGCAGGGUCGACCUACAUGGACUGCUUCAAAAAGAUCAACCUUCGUCGGACGGAGAUCUCGGUGGGUGUCUAUGUGAUUCAGGUGCUGUGCGGUAUCUACCUUGUCGGAUACGCCACAUAUUUCUUUACCCUGGCUGGUCUUCCUACCGAAGACUCGUUCAACAUGGGCGUGGGCUUUCUGGCAUGUGGCUUUGUCGGGACCUGCCUCUCGUGGAUACUACUCAUCCACGUGGGCCGCCGUCGCAUCUACAUCUGUGGCCUUGCCAUGCUGGCUCUGCUCCAAUUCAUCAUCGGCAUUCUCGACUGUGCACCAAACUACAACAACAAUAAGUCCUUCUCGUGGGCUCAGGCGGUACUGAUGCUGAUCUGGAACUUCAUCUACGGCUGGUCGGUAGGGCCUAUCUGCUUCGUCAUCAUCUGCGAAGCCUCUGCGACGAGGGUGAGGAGCAAGACGAUUGGUAUCGCAACAGCCGCGCAGGCAACCAUGGGGAUUGUCAUGACGGUGGCGAUUCCGUACAUGAUCAAUCCUGAUCAGGCGAACAUGCGGGGAAAGCUGGGAUUCUUCUUCGGGGCGCUGGCGACCAUCUCAUGGGUCUGGGCUUAUUUCAGAGUGCCCGAGUUUAAAGGCCGAACUUACGAAGAGCUGGACACGAUGUUUGAGCGCGGCGUUCGCACGAAGGACUUCAAGAACUAUGUGGUGGAGAGGUAG